AUGUCGUGUUUGCCCAAAGAGGGUCCGGUUAUAACAGGGAUUAGAGCGCAACAGUACGGUAUCGGAGAUUUAGUGAACGUCACGUGUAGCGCCGGACCAUCAAAGCCUCAGUCAACACUUUCGUGGCUAAUCAACGGCGAGCCGGCAGAUGAAUCCUGUCUGCGAUACAUCCAAACCCCGAAACGAAUGGACGGUUUGCAGAAAUGCUCGCUUCAACUGCAGUUCAACGCAGAGAGGCAUCAAUUCAUUGGUGGCAUCAUUAAGCUCCGGUGCACAAGUGUCAUAUCACAGGCAUACUCCAUGAGCAGCGAAGAAAUUAUAGUAUCAGAUCACGCGAAGGCAUCGCAUACUCACUCAGUUCACGAGAGUGAGGGCCCUAUCAUUAGUGGUGGGCGUCCCACCUAUAAUGUCGGAGAUCUCAUUAAUCUAACCUGUACGUCAUCCAAGUCCUACCCGGCGCCACAGCUUAAGUUCUACAUUAAUGACAAAGAGGCCAGAGCUGAAUACCUCCGAUACUAUCCAAAAGUGCAAUUCCAAGACGGAAAUGAAGUGUCGGUUUUGGGUCUGCAGUUGAGAGUAAAUCCAACACAUUUUGGCGGCUCUUCCACUACCAAACGAAGAACACACUCUUCGGGCAAAGAUAAUCAACAAAUUAAACUCAAAUGUACGGCAACUCUGGAGAAAGUGAUCGACACAUCGAGUCGAGAGACGAUCAUCGGAAGCAGUCAACAGAGCUCUGGACUACAUAUUGCAGAAAACAAAGCUGUAAAUAUGAAUAGAGGACAGACAUUACUGUCGACACAAAUUCUUGUGCUGUUAAUAUGUUGUUACACAACCAUUUGGUAUUCGCGAUCAUAGGCUGACGGCAACUGCAGAAUAUAUAACUGAAAAUAAUUUUAUUAUUAUAAUUGUGUUUGAAAUAAAAUACAAAUACAAAUAUACUGUAUAUUAAAUGUGCGGAACUUCUUGUCGUUUGACACUCGCGCCUAACAUCACAUCCAAAAACAAAUUGGGAAUUGAAUUGCAUUACAAUUAAGGCUUGACUUAACGCUAAAGUGUAUGUUAUUUCUUCAUUUGAAGCCCAAAAGUGAGGGACAAUUCGCGACAUAAAAAGCAAAGAAAAAGACUAUUAGACAUAAAACUUAAUAAACUUUUGUUUUUCUAAUAACAAUAAUAAUACCUGUUUUCCUGUGAAUAUUGCACUGUAAGAGACAAACAGGAAUCAGAGGCUUAAUCGCUGCAAACUGUGAUUUAUGUAUAACAAAAAAAGUGUCGUUCAAAUAAAGACAGACAGCAAAGUGGGAAAGACAGCAAAAGUGUAAUAUCAUGGCAUUAGUGGAUCGGAGGGAUCAGAUCCACGCAAAUGAUAAAUACAGUACUAGUCUUGAAAUGAAUCAACAAAACAGAAGUGUGAGAACUGAUGGCAACAGACAAAACAAAAACACUCAAUGGAUAGAGGAAUGAGAGACACAAUUGCGAGUAUGUUUUUGUGAAAUAUGUGCUUGUUUGUUGGCCUCACAUUGGGAUGUGUUGGAACCGCUUCUGCAAUAACUGCAAUAACAAUCACCACUCAAGUCAUUCCAAACCAUUGUUUUCAGCUCUUUUUAUUUCUUCCUUUUAUUCUUUUAUUUAGUUUUUUAUAUAAAAAAGAAAAA